AUGGCAAUACUGAGUAAUCAUCCCAUGAGAGCUUUAUCUCCCAUAACGGAACUCACUACACCUACUUCAUUACGUACACUUCGACUCCCACUUGAAGAGGCUAAUUACCUUUCUGAGAGAAGAACAUCUUACGAUCAAGAUGGACAACGAGAACAGAAUCACGAGACAGAUGACGAUAGUGUUUACUCUCAAUUAUCCGCUGAAACUGUAAAAGAACAACAUAAAGAUGCCAAUGAUAAUCAGAGAGAUGCUGACGAGCCUGGUACUCCUAUCAGAAAGAGGAGUGUAUCAUUACCUGUAUCAUCACCUACUCCUCCACCAAGAUCACCGAGAAGGAUUAUACCUUCUUCCAAAUUCGAUACCUUAUCUUCCCCACAGAUUGAAUACACGGAAAAUCAACUAAUUCCCUUCCCACCUCAAACCUCAACCGAUGCUCCUGGUGGGUUACCACCUCCUCCCAGAUCCCAAUUACCCACAAAACCUAAACUACUCCGAAGAAUUACACCUCCCGUCACAUCGUCACUGGAUCAUGUGGAUAGGAACAUGACGGGUGUAGGAGCCGGUAAAUCCCUUUCUUCAGAAAUUAGUCAUUCUCUCCCAUCUAGCAUAUAUUCUCAACCUUUGGAAGGCACUUCGAGAAAUGCAUCGCCAUUUAAGGGAUCAUUCCAAGGUCUACCAGCCGAAUACUCUGAGUCAACAUUUCACAACGUUCCCCUGUUUAUCCCUCCUUCCAAUACAAGCAGUGCUCAUCCACUUCCCCGAAGUAGACCCAACAGUCUGAAAAAGCGUCCCAGAAGCUCAUAUAGCUCGAAGCCUAGUAGUACUCAAAGCAGACCCGACAGUAUCAAGGACGAUCAGUCCUUUAGUGGGCCAAUGAACGCAAUCACUCCUGCUUUGGGCCUGGAUCCGCACACCACCCCAAUGCAGGCUCAGGCACAUAUCACGAUUUCUACCGAAUCUAGCGGAUCGUGUAUGUCGCAAGACAAUGUUCAUCCUCCUCUCAUUUCUCACAAAUCGGAAUCAUCACUACACAAACGCUCCAAAUCGGCUCGAUCGGAUACACCAGCAGACAAGUCACCUCGUCGUCGGAAAGUAUCAUCAAUAUUCUCGUCAAUAUUUGGGGUCGACGCUAACAAAGACCACGUUACUCGUAAAUUGUCUAAAAGUAACCGAAAACCCAGUGCAUCUGGGAUGACUACGUCGAGGGAGUCUUCACCCAAAUCUCCUAUGCGUCUCACUGAAUCACCCGUACAAAACGAGGAAGAUGAUUCCAUACAAACUGCAAUCCGAACUUCGGGCACUUUCGGAAUCAGGGAUGAUGGCUCUGAAUUAUCUAAAGAUCGAGGUCAGGAUCAAUCUCCCUCCACAAUAAUGAACGCAAGACAUGGGUUUGACAGGACAGGAAGUGGUAAUGGGUCUGUCAUUACUCAAUCCGAAGGAGUAAGAAGAGUACUGUAUGUGGAAAAUUUAGUAGAAACACCUGAAGCUGGAGCGAUAGAUAUAGAAGCUCACAUUGAGACCGGAAAUGCUAGGCAAGUCUCAAGCAACGGCGAAAAGGGCAGCUUCCCUCACUGGGAAGUGGCUCCAGUGCCUCUAGUAGGUCUGUUGCCUACAGCUACAAACACAAAUUCCCAAGUCGAUCCGCCCACUACUCAUCGUCCUGUUCCGGCUUCGCAUGGGCAGGUCUUCCCUCAUAUCCCGCCUCUUUCACUCAGCAGUAUGAGUGUUUCCCCAGAUACAUCAAGUGCGGAUGAUCAUUAUACUUCCAGCAGCUCAGGCCAUGGACCUCGAGCUCUAUCCACUCCCAAUUCUACCGAUGUUCAAUAUUCUUCCAGCUCUCAUCUUCCCCAUAUUGUUAUUCCCGAAGAUAUGAUAGACCGAUCCGUACAUACAUCUACUAAGUCUUCAACAGCAAGAUCAACCAAAACUCGUCCAUUACCUCGUCCACCGUCCUCCUCUACAACUCCACUGUCAACUCCAAGACAAACGUAUAUACCACCUCUCACAUCAGGUACAUCACAUCCAACUGAGCUGCCACUUCUCAUCGCUAGCCAUUUGCUUUCAACACAUGCAGCGGCACUUCUGAAGCAUUCCACAUCUAUGAACGAAGUCAGCGAAACCAUGCGUAAGAUGGCUAAGGAGAGUUUAGAUCGGGGUAGCGUGAUGAUGGAUAUGGCUCAGAGAAGCGAGACUAUCGAUGGUCUACCUAGACUACGAGGAGACCCAUCGAAACAUGGACAGUACGAAGGUAUUCCUCUACCAAGACGAGAUACUCUUUCUCCUCGAUUUGAGACUUAUGGUCCGGGUACAUAUGAAAGGGAGUAUAAUGGUAGCAACCAGUAUCACCCCAUACAGCAAGCAUAUGACACCCUCACCAAAGAUAAUGACAAUCUUUCGCCUCUUCCCAUUCGACCUAGUGUGGCACGCCAAGCCUCUCAAGCAGAAAUAAGGAGGAGAAAAGGAGAAUCGUUACCUGCUGACCUACUAAAAGAAGCUCAGAGACUGGGUACCGAAGGCUGGACAAGUCUCCAUAGAGCCGAAGAAGCUUGGAGAGAUGCGAUGAACGGAUUGACUGAGAUCGUCAAAGCUCAGUCACUGCGAGAGGAGGAUGAAGAGAGAAACUCCUACCAUGAGGAGCAGACCGUCGAUGAACCCAAAAGAGGUAUGGGGAUGGCUUCAACUUCUUCCCAUCGAAUGGAUGAUCCUUCAUAUCCGUGGUACGCUCCCGCUCAAAGUGCUCCUCAUUCCAAACAGUCCAGCUUGCGGCCUAGCUCGCCGAAUACGACUGUCUCUUAUUCACUUGGAUCCCCAGAUACCCCCCACAAACAAACAGCGUCUUUCUUACCCAAUGAGAUUGACAUGGUUUCGUCGACUACGCCAAUUACAUUAUCUCAAUCACACAUCCCUUUGCCACGACCUCAUCCAUUUCAAGUCAGAAUCAACGAAGUUUCAUUCAAAAGGAUGUCAGAGUCUGAUAAUCGCAGUACGAUUAGAGCAAGACCUCAUUCCCUUCAAAUACCUCAAUCUCGUCCUAAUCUCCUAGAUAAUGUAUCUUUCGGACCUCAGAUUUCUCCCUCGAUUGAGAAUGAAGGAUAUACACUAGAACAUCUAGGCAUCAGUACCGCACCAUCAUCGGUUUCAAAUGGCGAAGAUAGGUUCACACCUUCGGGAAGUACGAUGACUUCUUCUUCGCACUCAAAAACCAAUGAAGAUGCCACGAUCAGAAAGAAUGUUCCGACGACCCGCAGAAUACUGGCUAAGAAACAUCCGUCAACCGCGAAUUCAACUGCAGGAUCUGGAUCUGUAGAGCAUGAGAACAGUGAUGAAAAUGAAACCGUUGGUAGAAGGAAUAAACAUUGGUGGAAUCGUAGGAAGGAGUAA